AUGCCAGCAUUGCCGAUCGCGGAAUCAUCGAGGUCAUCCAAGCUGACCCCGGAAGAGGCCUUGGCUCCGCGACUUCGGCGAAAGAGAGCCUACUUCAGGCCUGGCUGUUCCUCUGCGAGCAAGAGAAGAGCCUCCGGCAAUUACGCCGAAUACACGAGCGCCAAGAGCAUCUUUGUCACUGCCAAGAAGAUGAAACUGCAGACACUGCAGAAGUUCUCUGGACCGGGACUUCCCACAGGGAUGCUGAACUACCGCUUUGCCGUCCAUCACUUUUCGCAGCGCGACGAUGACCACGGAUUCCGCGAACAAACAGCUUUUCUGGGGCACUCGAGGGCAAUCAUGCUUUCAGACAAGGAAGCUUGCGCGAAAGCUUUCUGGGAUGACCCC